GUAGUCGCGUCAGUCAAUGUUUCACUUCCGGGGCGGCCCCUGUUGCUGCUCUUUACGAAACAUACUGAAGAAUUGCUGGAAUAAGGACGAUUUGCUAAAAGGACUUAAGAAACAGAUACGCGUGGAAAAUGAUGCUUGCAGAGGUUCUGCAGGUGCUCCGCGGGGCGGGAAAGGUGGGCUCCGCAUUGAUGCUGACCCAAGGGGAGCAGCUCCGCCUGAUGGCAUGCAACUCCUCACUGGCUGCAGGGGUCAAAGCUGCCCAGGACGCUGCAGAAGGCGCCAUGGCUGCUUUGUUUGGGAGCGCCAGCCACAAUACUGUAAAAGAGGACGUUUUUCCUGAUACAGAGGGCUGGGAAAACAUGGAUCCUGAGGAAGCAGCUAAAUGGGCUGUUGGAUCUGAGUUCCAUCCUGAUCCUGCAGAACACAGCUGGACAAAACCUGAGUCUGCAGAAGGGAUGCACACAGGGGCUCAUCCUGACGAGCAGUCACCGGCUGGGGGGUCAGGGUGGCCGCGAUCCACCAGUCGCUUCUUGCACAGCACCGCCAGCCUGCCGAGGUUCUACCACAGAAGUCGGUCAGUGCACAAUUCGGUGGUGACCAAGCUGACUCCAGAGGACAUAAAGAAAGCCAGAGAGGCGAAGCAGACCCUCGUUAAACCGGUUAGACAGAAGCUGAGCGUCCACGCCAAAGAGAGGAAGGUCCCCGCCACAAGGAUCAGCCGCCUUGUUAAUUUUGGCGGGCUUGCUGUUGGAUUGGGGUUUGGCGCCAUUGCAGAAGUAGCAAAACAGUCCUUCGGAGGCAAACAGAGAGGAGACGGGAAUUCGCUGUUGGACUCAGCCUUCCUGUCUGAAGCCAACGCUGAAAGGAUUGUCAACACACUCUGUAAAGUUCGUGGAGCAGCGCUCAAAAUAGGCCAGAUGCUCAGCAUACAAGACAACACCUUCAUCAACCCUCAGCUGCAGAAGAUCUUUGAGAGGGUGCGGCAGAGCGCAGACUUUAUGCCCACCUGGCAGAUGACGAAGGUGCUUGAGGAGGAUCUUGGACCUGACUGGAAAGAGAAGCUCUCGUCUUUUGAGGAAAAACCUUUUGCUGCAGCUUCCAUUGGCCAGGUCCAUCACGGCAUGUUGAAAGAAGGUCGAGAGAUUGCCAUGAAGAUCCAGUACCCUGGAGUGGCAGAGAGCAUCCAGAGCGACAUAGACAAUCUGAUGUCGGUGCUGAGGAUGAGCGUGGUUCUGCCAGAAGGUCUGUUUGCAGACAGCAGUCUGGAGGUCCUGCAGAGAGAACUGGCCUGGGAGUGUGACUAUAAGAGGGAAGCGGAGUGUGCCAAGAGGUUCAGGUCCCUGCUGGAGGGAGACCCGUAUUUCCAAGUCCCAGAAGUCAUCGAUGAGCUGUCAGGGCGCCGGGUUCUGGCCAUGGAACUGGUGCAAGGUGUCCCACUGGACCGCUGUGUAGAUCUGGACCAAGAAACAAGGAACCAGAUCUGUUUCCAAAUCCUUCAGCUGUGUCUGAGGGAGCUCUUCGAGUUCAGGUUCAUGCAGACGGAUCCAAACUGGUCCAACUUCUUCUACAACUCGGAGACAAACAAGGUCAUCCUCUUGGACUUUGGUGCAUGCAGAAGCUACCCAGAGGCCUUCACAGACGACUACAUCCAGGUGGUGUAUGCAGCCUCUGUUGGUGAUCGGGACACUGUCCUCUCCAAAUCCAAGGACCUGAAGUUCCUCACAGGUUUGGAGACAAAGGCCUUUAAGGAGGCUCACGUAGAGGCGGUGAUGAUCCUGGGCGAAGCUUUUGCUUCUACGGAGGCCUUUGACUUUGGCAGCCAAAGCACCACUCAGCGUAUCCAGAACCUCGUCCCCAUCAUGCUGCGCCACCGCCUUACGCCCCCUCCCGAGGAGACGUACUCACUCCACCGCAAGAUGGCGGGCUCCUUCCUCAUCUGCUCCAAGCUGAAGGCCUGCAUACCCUGCAAGGACAUGUUCCUAGACAUCUACAAGGCCUACACCCAGAAGCGGCAGACAGAGCAGCUUCAGCGGGCUAGCGUCUGAAGGGGCGGGGCAGGUGGAGCAGCUGCAGCAGGCCCGCAUCUUAGGGGGCGGGGCAUGCUCUUGGCCUGAAGUAGCCUAGAGCUUUAUGGCUGUUGAACUUAACAAUGGAGAUAGUGGUUCAGACUGGUACUGCCAUCACCAUCUCUGUGGGGUUUGUUCCUCGCUCUCCAUCAGGCUGCACAGUCAGAUAUGUUUUGACCCAGAACCUGGACUGAUGUCCAAACGGGGCGGUUUUACCACUCAGUCCACGAGGUUCUUUCAAAGGAGGAAACAUUUCCUCCAAAGUUAAUGCUUCCAUCUGCAGUAAAAAUAAUUGAACCUCAUUCUGACAGAAAAGUCUGAACUUUGGUUCCUACAUUGAAGAUGAAGCGUUCAGACUAGAUGAUUGUACCAGACGGCAGCCGAGAUCCAGCCUGAAGAUCCGCUUUGACGGCCUUGCAUUAACAAGUUUGUGUGCUUUUACAAUAAACAAAAACUGUUCCUUGUCAGAUCCAGAUUUACGCUGCUGUUUUGUUGUGCACGAAGAUUUUAUUUAAUAAAACACCAAACUGGGUUUCUCCUCUG